AUGCUUUCUGCAGCUCCGACACAGGCUGCGCGCGGGGCUUUGAGCCAGGUUGCUCAGCGCCCAGAGUUGCACGGUUUUGAGUUGGUGCGGGAGCACUUUGUCAGCGAGUAUGACUCUCAGGUCCUCAUGUACCGCCACAAGAAGACAGGCGCCGAAGUGAUGUCGCUCAUCAACAAGGACGAGAACAAGACGUUUGGCGCUGUCUUCCGCACGCCUGUGGACAACUCCAAGGGCAUUCCCCACAUCUUGGAGCACAGUGUCCUGUGCGGAUCCAAGAAGUAUCCCAUCAAGGAGCCAUUUGUGGAGCUCAUGAAGGGGUCGUUGAACACAUUCCUCAACGCCUUCACAUACCCAGACAGGACUUGCUACCCUGUAGCAUCCACAAACUUGCAGGAUUUCUACAAUCUGGUAGAUGUCUAUCUGGAUGCAGUCUUGUACCCAAAUUGUGUCCGGGACGAGAAGACAUUUGCCCAGGAGGGAUGGCACUAUGAAUUGGAGAACCCAGAGGACGAUUUGACGUACAAGGGUGUGGUGUUCAAUGAGAUGAAGGGUGUCUACUCAUCCCCAGACUCGAUGAACAGCCGAGCGACCCAGCACGCUCUGUUUCCAAACAACACCUAUGCUGACGACUCUGGCGGCGACCCUGCUGCCAUCCCCGACCUCACGUUCGACGAGUUCAAAGCCUUCCAUGAGCGGUACUACCACCCGUCGAAUGGGCGCUUCUGGUUCUACGGCGACGAUGCCCCGGAGGAGCGCCUGCGGCUGCUGGGAAGCUUCCUGGAUGACUUUGACGCGCGCCCAGUCGACUCCACCGUCAAAGCGCAGCCGCUUUUCAAUCAGGAGCCGCGCAAGAUGGUGGAGCGGUACGCGGCAGGCGAUGGCGUGGGAGAGGAGGCGGAGGCAGGCAAGGCGUUUGUGAGCCUGAACUGGCUGCUGUCAGAGGAGCCGCUGGACCUGGAGACGGAGCUGGCCUGGGGCUUCCUGGACUACCUGCUCCUGGGCACCAGCGCCGCCCCCUUGCGCAAGGCCCUCAACGACAGCGGCCUCGGCGAAGCGCUCAUCGGUGGCGGGCUUGGAGAUGAGCUGCGGCAGCCUGUCUUCAGCCUGGGCCUCAAGGGAGUGAAGCCGGAGGACGCUGCCAAGGUGGAGGAGGUGAUCAUGAGCAACCUGGAGAGGCUGGCAGAGGAGGGCUUCACGGACACGGCGGUGGAGGCGGCCAUCAACACGAUCGAGUUCAGCCUGCGCGAGAACAACACGGGCUCCUUCCCGCGCGGCCUCUCGCUCAUGCUGCGCGCCAUGUCCUCCUGGAUCUACGACCAGGACCCCUUCCAGCCCCUGCAGUGGACCAAGGAACUCGAGCACUUCAAGGCGCGGGAUGUGUUUGGGCCGCUGCUGCGCAACUUCCUGCUGGAAAACAAGCACCGGGUGUCGGUGGAAAUGCUGCCAGACACCGGGCUGGCCGCGCAAAAGGAGGCCGUCGAGCGCGAGCGGCUGGCGGCAGUGCGCGCAGCCAUGGGCCCCGAGGACGUAGAGGCUGUCAUCAGGGAGACCAAGGAGCUCAAGGAGCGCCAGGAGACCCCGGAUCCCCCGGAGGCCUUGAGCUGCAUGCCCUCCCUGCAGCUGUCAGAUAUUCCUCGGGAGGCCUCCACCAUUCCCACGGACAUCACCAGCAUCAACGACGCCACCCUGCUCACCCACGAUCUCUUCACCAACAACGUCGUCUACGUGGAAGCUGCCCUGAACCUGCGCACAGUCCCGGCCGACCUGCUACCCCUCGUUCCCCUCUUCUGCCGGUGCCUGACGCAGAUGGGCACGGAGAAGGAGAGCUUCAUCGAGCUGACGGAGCGCAUCGGGCGCAAGACGGGCGGCGUGUCGGUGUCGCCGUUCGUGUCGGACAAGCGCGGCACGGAUGAGCCGGUGGCGCUAGUCAUGAUCAGCGGCAAGGCCAUGAGCGACAAGGCGGCCGAUUUGCUGGACCUCUUCAGCGACGUGCUCCUCACUGCGCGUCUGGACGACAGAGAGCGCUUCAAACAGAUGGUGCUGGAGACAAGGGCGUCGCUGGAGGCCGGGGUGAUUGGGGCAGGGCACCGCUUCGCCGCGAGCAGGCUGGAUGCGCAGCGCAGCACGGCCGGCUGGGUCAAGGAGCAGAUGGGCGGCAUCUCCUACCUCUCCUACAUCCGCAAACUCGCAGCGCGCGUGGACUCUGAGUGGGACGCUGUCAAGGCGGACCUGGAGGCGAUCCGGUCAGCGCUGCUACAGAGCCGGGGGGCGCUGGUGAACAUGACGGGGGACGAGCGCACGCUGCAGGCGGUGCAGCCGCUAAUAGGCUCCUUCCUGGAUGCGCUGCCGGCGCAGUCAGUGACCCAUGAGGCUGCCUGGGCCGCCUCGCUGCCCCGCCUCAAUGAGGCCAUCACCGUGCCCACCCAGGUGAACUAUGUGGGCAAGGCCGUGAACCUGUACGCGGAUGCGGGCUAUCAGCUGUCAGGGUCAGCGUACGUGGUGAACAAGCACCUGGGCACGACGUGGCUGUGGGACCGCGUGCGCGUGAGCGGCGGCGCGUAUGGCGGCUUCUCGGACUUUGACACCCACUCCGGCAUGUUCAGCUUCCUGUCCUACCGCGACCCCAACCUCACCAAGACGGUGGAUGUGUAUGACGGCACGCCGGAGUUCCUGCGCACGCUGGAGCUGGACCAGGACAGCCUGACCAAGGCCAUCAUCGGGACCAUUGGCGACAUCGACGCCUACCAGCUGCCCGACGCCAAGGGCUACACCGCCUUCCUGCGCCACGUGCUCGGCGUGUCCGACGCCGAGCGCCAGCAGCGCCGCGAGCAGAUCCUCGGCACCUCCAUCCGCGACUUCAGGGAGUUUGCAGACUACCUGAACAUUGUGAGCGACCCUCAGCACGCCAAAGUGGUGGCAGUGACAUCAGCGGAGCGUGCAGAGGCCGCCCUCAAGGAGCGUCCCGGAUUCUUUGACGAGGUCACCAAAAUCUUGUGA